CGAGGGCGGGUCCUCCACCCCGGCUGGGCGCGAAAGCUCGAACGCCGCUGCCAGGCUGGAGACGGCGGGAGAGGCGCUGCGCCAGAGGUUGCAGGAACCCGGCACUGCUUCGUCUGGCGCGGACCGCUGCGGAGGCCGGAACCAUGACGGGCGAGGAAGGCUCUGAGGUACACCUGGAAAUCAGUGACCCAAAACUCCUUCCACAAGAAGCAGGCAGUCCUGUAGACAGUGGACAGGGUAGCUGUGAAACCACUGGCACCUUCAGUGAAAGAGAUUCAGAUGAAGAGAUGUUUGUGAGUAAGAAAUUGAAAAGCAGGAAAGUGCUGCAGGACAGUGAUUCUGAACUAGAGAAUAAAACUGCUUCUCCAGAGAAAGCUACCUAUGACAGUGCUGAAGAGGAAAAUAAAGAGAAUGUAUAUACUGGGAAAAAUGGAAAAAUCAAAAGGACUUACAAAACUCUGGCAGACAGUGAGGACAGUGACAUAGAGGAGUCUUUGUCUCAGGAAAAUCUUCAAGGGACACCUUGCUUAGAGCUGAAUCUCCAGUCUGGAAACUCUGUGGACUUCAUGGCUGACAGCAAGGUUUCUAGAAAAUCGAUACGUGAUAAAGAAGGAACUGGAGGAAAAGCAAAAGUAAAGUCAAAGAGAAGGCUUGAGAAAGAGGAGAGAAAGAUGGAAAAAAUUAGGCGGCUGAAAAAGAAGGAGACAAAACAUGAGGAAGAUGAUGUGGAACAGCCAUUUAAUGACAGUGGCUGUGUACUUGCAAAUAAAGACCUUUUUGAAACUGGAUUGGAGGAAGAGAAUAACUCUCCAGUGGAGGAUGAAGAAUCAUUAGAAUCAAUAAGGGCAGCUGUGAAAAACAAAGUGAAAAAGCACAAGAAAAAGGAACCAUCGUUGGCAAAUGGGGUCUGUUCAUUUGAAGAAGAAAGUGAGUUAUCAAAAGGUGGCAUGAGGAAGGAAAGGAAAGCAGCCAAGUUAAGUAAAGAAGCAUUGAAAAAACUGCACAGUGAGACUCAGCGCCUUAUUCGAGAGUCUGCACUGAAUCUUCCAUAUCACAUGCCUGAGAAUAAAACCAUUCAUGACUUUUUCAAACGUAAACCCCGGCCCACUUGCCAGGGAAAUCCCAUGACACUCCUGAAGUCAUCCAAAUAUCAGUCUAGCCAUCACAAAGAAAUCAUAGACACUGUAAAUGCAACUGAAAUGGGUUGUGACCGCCAAUGCAAAGGUUCUGAACAAACAACAGGCACGGAAUCUGAAACGGAAAUUAAUGCACUCCCCAUGGUUUCAAAGGAACCUCAGAUCACUACUAGAUCAGAUGAGUCUUCUAGGAACGAUUUGGUGAGAAGUGAGGAGCCAGAAGUUCAGGAGAAACAGAAGCAGAGUGAUGUUGGACCUUUACCUGGGGACAGCGUAGUGUCGCAACAGGAAUCCAGUAGGAAUGACAGUGCGGAAUGUCAGGCUGGAAGUCCCAUCACAUCUGAACCUCAUGCCCUGAAGAGAGAAGACAACCUGAAAAAAGCAGAAGAAGCAGAGGAGAAAGUGCAAGAGCCCGGGCAGCAGACUAAAUCAACAGCCGCUGUGCCACCUGAAAAAGCGAGACGGUUCACUCUGGAUAGACUUAAGCAGCUGGGAGUUGAUGUUUCCAUUAAACCACAGCUGGGUGCUGAUGAAGAUUCCUUUGUGAUACUUGAUGAACCUGAAACCAACAGAGAACUGGAAGCCUUGAAGCAGCGUUUCUGGAAACAUGCCAAUCCUGCAGCCAAACCCAGGGCUGGUCAGACGGUGAAUGUGAACAUCAUAGUGAAAGAUGUGGGCACGGAGGGAAAGGAAGAGCUAAAGGCAGAUGUGGUACCUGUGACCUUGGCAGCUGAGAAGCUGGAUGGAGCAAGCUACACAAAACCAGGUGAAAAGCUUCAGGUGUUGAAAGCUAAGCUUCAAGAGGCAAUGAAACUCCGAAGGUUUGAAGAGCGCCAAAAGCGCCAAGCAUUAUUUAAAUUAGAUAAUGAAGAUGGGUUUGAGGAGGAGGAGGAGGAAGAAAUGACAGAUGAGUCUGAGGAAGAUGGAGAAGAGGAGACAGAAGAAGCAGGAAAAGAAAAAGAGAAAGAAGAGGAAGAAUUAGAGGAAGAGGAGGAGAAAGAAGAGGAAGAGGAGGAAGAAGGCAAUGAGGAGAUUGAAGAAUUUCUUCUUAGUAAUGAAGAAAUAGAAACCAAAGAUGAGAAAGAAAUGGAUAAAGAAAAUAAUGAGGGCAGUAGUGAAAUUGAUAAAGCAGUUGGCCUUCUCUCUGAUCCCAAGCCCCUCUCAUCAGAUUCUACCUUACUCCUAUUUAAGGACAGCUCUUUAAAGAUGGGUUACUUUCCUUCUGAAGAAAAAUCAGAAACAGAUGAAAGCUCAAGCAAACAGCCUAGCAAACUAGAGGAAGAUGAUUCAUGUUCAUUGCUGACAAAGGAGAGCAGCCACAAUAGCAGCUUUGAGCUGAUUGGCUCCACCAUUCCAUCCUAUCAGCCUUGCAACAGACAAACAGGCCGAGGAACCAGCUUUUUUCCUGCAGGAGGAUUCCGAUCUCCUUCCCCUGGGUUAUUUCGGUCUAGUUUGGUCAGCUCAGCUUCUAAGAGUUCAGGGAAGCUGUCUGAGCCUUCACUUCCCAUUGAAGAUUCCCAGGAUCUGUAUAACGCCUCCCCAGAGCCUAAGACACUUUUCCUAGGAGCAGGAGACUUCCAGUUCUGUUUAGAAGAUGACACUCAGAGCCAACUGUUGGAUGCAGAUGGGUUCUUAAAUGUUAGGAACCACAGGAAUCAGUACCAAGCCUUGAAACCUCGGUUGCCAUUGGCCAGUAUGGAUGAGAAUGCCAUGGAUGCCAACAUGGAUGAACUGUUGGAUUUGUGUACUGGGAAGUUUACAACUCAGACUGAAAAACAUCUGUCCACAAAGAGUGACAAGAAAGAGAACAUGGAAGAACUCCUGAAUCUCUGUUCAGGAAAAUUCACUUCUCAGGAUCCCUCCAGCUUGGCUCCAUCAGAGUUCAACAAGCAGGAAAAGGAGAGCAGUAUGGGUGAUCCAAUGGAGGAAGCACUUGCUCUUUGCUCAGGCUCUUUCCCGACAGACAGGGAAGAAGAAGAAGGUGAAGAGGAAGAAUUAGGGGACUUUCAGCUCGUCCCAAAUGAUAAUGAAUUUGAUAGUGAUGAGGAUGAACAGAGUGACUCUGGUGACGAAGAUCUGGCCCUGGAGGACCAUGAAGAUGAUGAUGAAGAAGAACUCUUGAAGCAAUCUGAGAAGCUGAAAAGGCAAAUGAGAUUAAAGAAAUACCUGGAGGACGAGGCAGAGGUGUCAGGAAGUGACGUGGGAAGUGAAGACGAGUAUGAUGGGGAAGAAAUUGAUGAAUAUGAAGAGGACGUAAUUGAUGAAGUACUUCCUUCUGAUGAGGAGCUGCAGAGUCAAAUCAAGAAAAUACACAUGAAAACCAUGUUGGAUGAUGAUAAGCGACAGCUACGUUUAUACCAAGAGCGGUACCUUGCUGAUGGUGAUCUGCAUAGCGACGGGCCUGGGCGAAUGAGGAAAUUCCGAUGGAAAAACAUAGAUGAUGCUUCCCAGAUGGACCUGUUCCACAGAGACUCUGAUGAUGAUCAGAUUGAAGAACAGCUUGACGAGACAGAAGCCAGAUGGAGGAAGGAGCGAAUUGAACGAGAGCAGUGGCUUCGGGACCAGGCACAGCAGGGGAAAAUUACAACUGAAGAAGAGGAAGAAAUUGGAGAAGACAGUCAGUUUAUGAUGCUAGCCAAGAAGGUUACAGCCAAAGCACUGCAGAAGAAUGCCAAUCGUCCUGUGGUUAUUCAGGAAUCAAAGUCUCUUCUCAGAAACCCUUUUGAAGCCAUCACAGCAGGAAGCGCUCACCAGCGGAAGACAGGGUCCCUGCUAAACCAGCCCAAAGCUGUGCUUCAGAAACUGGCUGCCCUCUCUGACCUCAACCCCAGUGCCCCGCGAAAUUCAAGAAACUUUGUUUUUCAUACACUUUCUCCCGUCAAAGCUGAGACAAAGGAGUCCUCUAAACCUCAGGUGAGGAAAAGGGGUCCAGCUUUGAUGACAUCGCCUUCACCUAAACGCCUCAAAACAGAUGACAGCACUUCAGGACCAAAGCGGAGCAUCUUCAAAUACUUGGAAAGCUAACAGCGUCGGGGGCGCCAGCUUCCUUGUUGAGACUGCUUUGAGAAGGUUCUGGAACUGAGGGUUGGAAUCUGUGCUCUCACUGCUGAUCUCGCCUUCCUUCCCACCCAGUGUGCUGAGAUUAUCGACAGAGAUCCCAGUUCUUUCUACUGCACAGCUCUAAUCCUUUCCCAACAGUAGCUCCUGGAUUGGCUACCAAUUUUAAUUCCACAAUGGAUGGAUUACUUCAGUGAAGUGAAGUCUCUCUUCCUCCAUUAAACAUUUGACAUUUUAUCCUAACAACUCCCGGGGGUAAUAAUACCUCUUUGUGAUGGAGCUGUUUGGAGGAGGAGGAAGAAGGAAAACUGUGGCGUUAUAGAAAGCAGUGAAAGUCAGAACCAGAAUGACUCCAAACCCAUAAGACCCCUACCACAGAACCAGGACUCUUGACAGAGGAACUUCUCAGAUGAAAGACUAGGAACCAGCAGGUGGGCUAUUAAGUAGUCUGGCCCCUUCCAUUUGCCUGUAUGCUUCUUCCCAAGGCAGCUGCAACUUUGUAGUUAACUCUUGCUACCUUUUUAACAAGGACUUUAACUGGGAACCAAGUCAGAAAGACCUUGGCCCAAAUUUUCUGGAGUGUGGGGAUGAACAUAAAGGAUCACACCUUGUGUCUGUCCACAUGGGAUGGUCCCUUGGGCAGAGACCUUUCCUGGGACUAAAUUUUGAAACACUUGCUCAAAGCCUUCCUUCCUCCAGCUCAUAAGAAGAAAUACAGCCGUUAUUUAUUGUGUUCUCUUAGAUUGAGCAUGUUGCCCUGACCAAUCAGACGACAUGUCAAUAUUUUAUUACUGAUUUUGAGAGAAGACCACCAUGGAGUUUAAUAAAAAUACUGUUGAAGAUCAUUACCAUUGCUCCCCAUUUUCCCUGACUACCAAGGAGCUCUCAGAACUUUAGGCAAAUUUUUCUUUCCCAGAACUGAGCAUCAGAAACCUUUCCAUGUGGAUGCUGGAUUUUUGAUGUCAAGACAUUGGGGGAUGAGGAAUUCCAUGGAAAUGAGGGUGUAGAUUUUCUGUGAUUUUUUUUCUGAUACGCAAGAUGCGGACUUUGACAGAACUCAUGGUUGUAUAUUUGUAAUCUUGUAACGGGGACUAUGUGUAUAAAGAUGUUUUAAUAAGUAUGUAGUUUUUUCAAUAAAUAUCCAUGGCUUGAAGGCAGCGUUUGCUGUCCAGGUUGAGUGCUGAAUCUCAGGGCAGUGCCUGUCUCAAGUUGAGGAGCAUUUCAUUCCCAAGUGUUCCUCUCCGGGAAGCCGUCUGGGCCUGGAGCGAGAGAUUGUACUGCAGUUGUCCUCUGAGUGGCCUCUCAGCCCCAGCAAAUUGAUGGGAUUAACUUACUGGCUGAUUUGGCUUCCGGUAGGUGAGGAGCAGGGUUUACAUAGAGGGUUAGAAAUGUCUCCCUUUUUGCUUCUCCACGUGCCUUUUUGGGGAGAGGUGAAGAAGAGGAUUGGAAUUGACUGCCCAGGAUCAGUGCCUGAGAAGUCUGAGAAGCACAUGGUUGCCGUGGGAGUCUCCAGGAAAUAAGCACUCUUUAGAGAAAGAAAAGUUAAGUCUUCAACUCAGGACUGCUUUUCAUACUGCCAUGAAAGCUGCCAUUGGGCAAACUAAGCUUUGACCUUGGUAACUGGACCAAAAUGGAGAGUUCUGAACGGACCCACAUGUCCUUUACUCAGAAGCGCCGAGUCAGCAGCACCAGCAGCAGCAGCCGACACAGUGAGAACCCCAGGGCCUGGUGCUGUGGCUCCUGGUAGGACUUAGCUCCACUAGCUUGAAAAUUACAUACUCGGUGGGCCUGGGGACUGGAGUGCACACUCUCGCUUCUUUUGCUUCCUCCUUAAUCCACACACUGAGGUAGGGACACAUGGCGUUGCCCUCAUGUAAACAGGCCCCUUACCUACUCUGCAGCUGCAUAGGCCACAUCAGGAUCUGCUCUACAAACCGUCAGGCCACGUUUACCACGGUUUCGGAGACAAGGUGCUGAGCUCUCUGCAGGGUCCCUCAGCUCAACUGCGGCUCUAUAGACUUCUCUGCACUUUGAGAAUUCCUAACCAUCAGGCUGGAAGACCUUUAGAGGCUGUUUUUGGUUUGAGUUCCUAAAGGAUGUCUAAGAACUCUUAGGGCUUCUUGUCCGGGGACUUGUGCACUAAGGAUAUGGGAGAGCAUUUGUGGAUCCUCCUUGGAUCAAUCCAGCCUGGAAUGUAGCGGUGCCCAGUAAAGGUUGAAUAAAUAAUGCCAUUCCCUUUAGGGUG